AUGUAGCACCCACAAGUUCCAGGAGAACCAACUCAGACCGCCACUUCCCUCCUUGAGACGGCCACUGGCACCAUCCAAGGCUUCGCCCCCGUCAAACAAAUCCAUCAACAUCUCUGCGCAUUUCAUUUCUAUGGGUACGACAUCACCCUUCAGGUCGAGGCUCACCAUUUCUGCGCCCAUCAAAACGAAGAAAUGCGGCAGUGUCUCAUAUACGACAGCCCUGAAGCAGAUGCAAAGCUUAUUGGAUUGGAGUAUAUCAUAUCGGAGAAUUUGUUUUUGACCUUGCCCGACAAUGAGAAACCGCUUUGGCACUCGCAUCUGUACUAGGUGAAGAGCGGGGUGCUGUUCAUGCCAAAAAUUCCGGGGCCAAUCGAGAGGCAGGACCUUGAUAAGGUUUGCAAGACUUACAGUUGGACGAUCCAUUUCUGGCAGGUUGAUAGGGGCGGCAAUCUCCCUUUUGGGCUGCCUCAGCUGAUGAUGGCUCUCACUAGGGAUGGCCAGCUCUAUGAUGAACUUGCCCGAGAUGUUGAGAAGCGAUUCGGGGUUUCCUUUGCGAAGGAGAGGGCAAACCGAGCUGAGCUGACUGGUCCGACACAUGGGAUUCAUCCGCUGGCUAAUGGCGGCGGAGAAGGGCUAAGGGAGGUAGAUUGCAAGCCUAUUGAUUCUGUUCCCCGGGUCUUUGUUUGA